AUGGCUUUUUCAGGCUAUGUUUUCAAAAGCAAGGAGGAAAUUAUGCCAUUCUUGGAGGAUGCUGAGAACGGCCCUUCUGCUUUGUGGGCUAAACACCAAGCAAAGAGGUUGAAAAGCUACGUUUGUGUUGGAUAUCCUCAGAAAAAAGAUGAUACGCAUUUUUAUAAUAGCAUGUGUUUUAAAAUUACGAUUGAUUUUGCCUACAUCUCCAAUUCUCCAUUUUCCAUUUUACAGGUUGGCUUAGGGAUCUGCAUGGAUAUCAAUCCAUACCGAUUCGAAGCGAACUUUCGCGAUUUUGAAUUUGCAAAUUAUCAUUUGAAAGAGAACACAAAUUUAAUACUUUGCAGUAUGUCUUGGUUGAAAAGUGAUUCAAAUCCAGAUAGUACGAUUAAAUACUGGGCUACCCGAAUGUUACCUCUAUACCAAGAUUCUGAAGACGGCAGACAUACAAUAUUUGUUGCGUGUAAUAGGACCGGUUCUGAACGGCAAAGUACAUUUGCUGGUUCAAGUUGCGUACUCGAUAUUUCUAAUGAAUCCAUAACGAUAUUAAACCGUUUAGGCAGUGAGGAUAUUGGUAUUAUGACAGUUGACAUUUAA